AUGGCGGGCACUGCUGAUCCUGGUCCUGUGGAAGGUCAGUACGGGGCAGGGGCAGCCGCCAGGUCCUGGGCUGCGCUGGACAGCGGGCAGGUGCCAGGCUGGGUUCCCCAGAGUUCUAACGGUAUUGUGAUUGAGAACUUCUAUUUUAAGGUUCAGGAACAAGUUCAUCCAAAUCUCUCAGCUAAUGAAGAGUCUCUUUAUUAUAUUGAAGAACUGAUUUUUCAGCUGCUUAAUAAAUUAUGCAUGGCCCAACCAAGGACUGUUCAAGAUGUCCAGGAAAGAGUUCGAAAGACCUUUCCUCAUCCAAUUGACAAAUGGGCUAUUGCUGAUGCACUAUCUGCCAUAGAGAAACAAAAAUUCAGAAAUUCUCUUUUACUACCUGUGGACAAAAUUCAUGCCUUAUUGAAGGAAGAUUUGGGGUGUAAAGUGGACUAUCAUGUGUCCCUAUAUAUUGUGGCUGUAUUAGAGUAUAUAUCAGCAGAUAUUUUGAAAUUGGCUGGUAAUUAUGUUGUUAAUAUCCAACAUUAUGAAAUAUCUCAACAGGAUAUUAAAGUGUCAAUCUGUACAGAAAAGGUUUUGAUGGACAUGUUUGAUCAGGAUGACAUAGGUUUGGUUUCCCUCUGUGAAGAUGAACCUAGUUCUUCAGGUGAAUUAAACUACUAUGACCUUGUCAGAACGGAAAUUGCAGAAGAAAGACAGUAUCUGCGGGAACUAAAUAUGAUUAUAAAAGUGUUUUGAGAAGCCUUUCUUGCUGAUAGAAACUUAUUUAAACCUUCUGAUAUUGAAAAGAUUUUCAGUAACAUUUCAGAUAUACAUGAAUUGACUGUGAAGCUUUUAGGUUUGAUUGAAGACACAGUUGAAGUGAUGGAUGAAAGUAGCCCUCAUCCCUUAGCUGGCAGCUGUUUUGAAGAUUUGGCAGAAGAGCAAGCAUUUGAUCCUUAUGAAACAUUAUCACAGAAUAUUCUUUCACCAGAGUUUAAUGAACAUUUCAGUAAGUUGAUGGCCAGACCUGCAGUUGCUCUACACUUCCAGCAAUUGAAAGCAUGUAGUGAAGAACAAGAAGACAGAGAAUGUUUGAAUCAAGCUAUAACUGCUCUCAGGAAUCUUCAAGGUAGUGUGGACCGAAUUUACAAGCAGUAUUCACCUAGACACCAACCUGGAGAUCUUGUCUGCCCUUUUUAUAAUUGUCAAUUAAGAAGCAAACACCUGACCAUCAAAAAAAUGAAUGAAAUACAGAAAAAAGAUGGUUGGGAAGGCAAAGUUAUUGGACAGUGUUGCAAUGAAUUCAUUAUGGAAGGACCAUUGACAAGAAUUGGUGCUAAACAUGAACGACAUAUUUUUCUUUUUGAUGGCUUAAUGAUCAGCUGUAAACCUAAUUGUGGCCAGUUCCAGCUUCCAGGUUGCAGUAGUGCAGAAUAUAGAUUAAAAGAAAAGUUUGUCAUGAGGAAAGUACAAAUCUGUGAUAAGGAAGAUACCUGUGAGUGCAGACAUGCUUUUGAAUUAGUAUCCAAAGAUGAAAAGAGCAUAAUAUUUGCUGCUAAGUCUGUGGAAGAGAAAAAUAAUUGGAUGGCAGCUCUUAUUUCUCUUCAUUAUCGUAGUACUCUAGAUCAAAUGCUAGAUUCUGUGUUAUUGAAAGAAGAAAAUGAGCAGCCACUGAGAUUACCAAGUCCAGAAGUGUAUCAUUUUGUGGUAAAAGACUGUGAGGAAAACAUUGUUUUUGAAGACAACUUGCAAAGUAGAAGUGGAAUCCCAAUUAUUAAAGGAGGAACGGUGGUGAAAUUAAUUGAAAGGCUAACAUAUCAUAUGUAUGCAGAUUCCUAUUUUGUUCAUACUUUUCUUACUACAUAUCGUUCAUUUUGUAAACCAUGGGACUUGCUAAACUUACUGAUUGAGCAAUUUGAAAUUCCAGAGCCAGAACUUUCUGAAGCAGAAAAAUUGACAAUAGAGAAAGGGAAGCAGCCAAUAAGUACAGACCUUAAAAGAUUCCGAAAAGCAUAUGUCCAAUCAGUACAACUUAGGAUCUUAAAUGUAUUUCGCCAGUGGGUUGAACACCAUUUUUAUGACUUUGAAAGUGAUGUGGAAUUGCUUAGAAGACUAGAAUCCUUCAUUUCAAGUGUAAGAGGAAAAGCUAUGAAGAAAUGGGUAGAGUCAGUUGCUAAGAUCAUCAGGAGGAAGAAGCAAGCUCAGGCAAAUGAAAUAAACCAGAAUAUUACCUUUAAAAGUCCACCUCCACCAAUUGAAUGGCAUAUCAGUAAACCAGGACAGUUUGAAACAUUUGAUCUUAUGACACUUCAUCCAAUAGAAAUUGCAUGCCAGCUAACACUUUUGGAAUCUGAUCUCUACAGGAAAGUCCAACCUUCUGAACUCGUAGGGAGUGUGUGGACCAAAGAAGAUAAAGAGAUAAAUUCUCAAAAUUUAUUAAAAUUGAUUCAUCAUACCACAAAUCUCACCCUGUGGUUUGAAAAAUGCAUUGUGGAAGCAGAAAAUUUUAAAGAAUGCCUGGCAAUUCUAAGUAGAAUUAUAGAAAUUCUGCAAGUUUUUCAAGAUUUGAAUAAUUUUAAUGGCAUAUUGGAUAUAGUCAGUGCAGUAAAUUCAGUGUCAGUAUACAGACUAGCCCAUACUUUUGAGGCAUUACAUAAAAGAAAACAGAGAAUUUUGGAUGAAGCUAUGGAAUUAAGUCAAGAUCACUUUCAAAAAUACCUAGUAAAACUAAAGUCAGUCAAUCCACCUUGUGUGCCUUUUGUUGGAAUAUAUUUGACAAAUAUUCUGAAGACUGAAGAAAGGAAUAAUGAUUUUUUUAAAAAAGAGAAAGAUUUAAUCAAUUUCAGUAAGAGGAGGAAAGUGGCUGAAAUUAUUGGAGAAAUUCAGCAAUAUCAGAAUGAGCCUUACUGUUUAUGGAUAGAGCCAGAAUUGAGGAGGUUCUUUAAUAACCUUAACCCCAUCGGAAGUUCAUCUGAAGAAGCAUUUACUGAUUAUUUGUUCAACAAGUCACUAGAAAUUGAACCCUGAAACUGCAAAUAGCCACCUCAAUUUCCUAGAAAAUCAAACUACUCCUUAAAAUCUCCUGGAAUAAGACCUAAUUCAGGGCAGCUUGGCUCUACCUCAGGCACUGUACGAAGUCAUCCAGCAACAUUAGAAAGAGAAACUUAUAAGGUAGCCUUUAGUCAGGUUGCUGAAACUGAGCUUGAAUCAAUGGUGUCAACACCAACCUCUCCAAAUACUCCAGUGUCUGCUUCUUCAGAAUGUAGCUCCUGUGGUAGCAAAAGCAGGACUAUAACUAUGACCCUAAGUUGA